CGGUAAUGGGAGGUUCCUUGCGGCAAGGGAGGCAUGAGUUAGUUACGUUGAUGUAAAUAGUGUGUUGUCGCAUCAUUUGCUUUUGUUCACUGCUUGCCAUUUCCACCACCUGGCACCUAUUCAAAAACAGAAGAGAUGGCUGGCCAAGCCCCUUCUGUUGCCAUGGAGGCUGUCCUCAAGCCCAGCUGUGCACUCCCAGAGGAUAUGCCGAAGAUCAGAGGCUACGACUUUAACCAGGGGGUGGAUCUUGAGGCUUUGCUGAAGUCAUACUUCACCACUGGUUUCCAGGCCAGCAGCUUUGGUAUGGCCAUACAGGAAAUUAAUCACAUGAUAGAGAAGCGUCUUGAGCCAGUGGAGGAAGAUAAGGGAAAUGAAUCUAGUGAGGGAAAUGAGUCUAGUGAAUCAUCACACAAGCCUGGCUGCACCAUCUUCCUGGGUUAUACCUCUAACCUCAUCAGCUCCGGAGUGAGAGAGAGCAUCCGGUACCUAGCAGAGCACAAGAUGGUUGAUGUUAUUGUGACCACAGCUGGAGGUAUAGAGGAAGACCUGAUAAAGUGUCUGGCCAACACAUACUUGGGAGACUUCAGCCUGUCUGGCAAAGAGCUCCGACAAAGGGGAAUCAACAGGAUCGGGAACCUGUUAGUGCCAAAUGAUAACUACUGCAAGUUUGAAGAUUGGCUCAUACCCAUCCUGGACCAAAUGUUGUUGGAACAAAACACAGAGGGAACCCGCUGGACUCCCUCUAAAAUGAUCCACCGGCUUGGCAAGGAGAUAAACAACACUGACUCUGUCUACUACUGGGCCUACAAGAAUAACAUUCCAGUGUUCAGUCCAGCUCUGACAGAUGGUUCUCUGGGUGACAUGAUCUACUUUCACUCUUUUAAGAACCCUGGUCUGGUGUUGGACAUAGUGGAGGAUAUCCGCAGGUUAAACAGCCAGGCAGUUUUUGCCAAGAGAACAGGAAUGAUCAUCCUAGGUGGAGGACUGGUCAAACAUCACAUAGCCAACGCUAAUCUCAUGAGAAAUGGGGCUGAUUACUCCGUUUUUGUAAACACUGGUCAGGAGUUUGACGGUUCUGACUCUGGGGCCAGACCUGAUGAGGCUAUAUCCUGGGGCAAAAUCAGAAUGGAUGCUAAACCUGUCAAGGUGUACGCAGAUGCUUCUUUAGUGUUUCCUCUGAUGGUGGCCCAGACCUUCGCUCUCCACGCUGACAAGCUGACUGCUGGGAAAAAAAGUGAUUAAAUUAGCUCACAUAGCUAAAUACUUUGCUCCUUAAAUGCUUUGCCUGAAACAUCUAACCUAAAUUAUUUGGUUUUUACUCUGUUUGAUAGAGUAAAAAAGGGUCUUUCUCUUCUGAAUCUGUAAAUUGGGGGGGGGGUUAAAGUAGGGGGAAUAGCGGGCAGUGUAACGCUCUCAAAUGUAAAACAGCGCUGUUUAAUAAUUAUAUAACGGGAUUGAAUGUUAAGGGUUUUCUAUCUUAAUGCAUUUUAUUUAUUACUUGUUGAAACAAGUACAUUUGUUUUCUUUAAACUGAUACAUGCUCAAGGAUGUACCAAAGAUGCUGUCUGCCAAGUGUGGGUUUUUUUUUUGUGAAUGUGUGUGUGUAUGUGUGUGAGAGAGAAAGAGGAUCCAGACUAAAGAGGAAAUAAUGUGUAGGGGUUUUAUUUCUUUUGCUUAUGUUAUGACAUGACACGGUUACAUCUCUUCAGUUUCUAUCUGGGUUGUUGUACAAAUAUUGUGUUGCAUCUUAAUUUCAGUGUGUAAACAUUUACCUCUGUCAAAAAGGAUGAGGCUCCUUAAUAAAUCAUGAACAAA